AUGUAUAAAAUAUCUAUUUGUAGUUUGAUAAAAGCUGUAAACCAAAGGCCAAAAAAAAACGAAUUACUAGAAAACUUAUUCAUAAAAGGAAGUGAUGCUGAAAGUGUAGAUUUAGCUUCUUAUAUUAGAGAAAUAAUGGCUGCAAUGGAAAAUUAUGGCGUAGAGUCACCUUUGAUUAUGCAGGGGUCUUUGCCCUUGGGCACCCAGAGAGGUUAG